AUGCUCUCUCUCAGUCGCUCUUCAACAGUCUCGCAGCAAAUGAAGGAUUUACCUACACUUUCCAUCGAAGUGAGUUAUCCGUUUCAUUCUCAUCUGAUCGGCAGAUCUGGACGGAAUAUUAAUCGCAUAAUGGAGGAUACUGGAACUCGAAUUCAUUUCCCAGAUCGCAAUCGUAUCGCUGGAGAGUCAAAGAGUAACAGCGUCAUCAUUCGGGGUCAACUUGCUGGUCUUGAAACGGCUCGUCAACGUAUUCGGGCGGAUAUCCCGGUCGAAUUCAUUGUAGACUGCAGCCUUGAACGUAUCAAUUCCAUCGGCCAGUCAUCACUGAUUCACUACUUCUCCACGACAUUUGGCGUCUUGUUGCGUUUCUACCCGAAGAUCGACGGCGUCAAUUGCCAGGUGAACAUCCGCGGGCACCAGAAUCGUGUCCAACACUUAAAAGAAUCUGUUGCGUAUUUUGGACGCCUGGUGCAUACGUCUAUCGAAUCUGUGGUGGUGAAGAUGGAGACAUCAUUCGAUCACGUUUGGCUUGUUCGUGACCACGUAGACAAAAUUGUAGCUGCAACAGGUGCCGGCAUACGUUGCCCGGAUGUGUCCAUCGCGACGGAAUUACCGAAAAAGUACUGCAUUUGGAUACGUGGUUCUCUAGAUCAAGUUUACAUGGCCACUUCUAUGCUUAAUGGACUUCUUCCAAUGCAGUUGUUGGUUCAGACGGAAUCAGAACGUUUCAAUCCCUGUUUUUUGGAAGAGGCGAAAACAGCUGACAUCUUGCUUAGGGUGGAACGCUCCCUUUCGAACACUAUGACAAUACGACUAGCUUCAUACGAAUGGAAUGCACAUAACUUAUUUGAUUUGAUGAGACGAUGCCUUGCUCUGCCUUAUGAUCAGAGAGUUCUGCCAAGUUUGCCAGAAGCGUGGUUAGCACUUGCAGAAAUGACCUGCAAUAAUUUCAUUCUUUCUUCGGCUAAGCUUUUGAGUUUUUUGUCAUCUACAACCCAAAGCAGUUCUCAGCAACCAGCAAGUGCGAUCUUGAGUGAUGUUUCGGAGUUGUGCAGGUCAAACAAUUCGAGACUUUCUUCACCUCGAGCUGCAAUUGAAUCCUGCAUUCCAGCAUCAUUGGCAGCCUCCCGAUUCGAUGAGAAUUCAUCACGUCUUCUCUCUCAACUCCUGGAAAAUGUCGGACUGUCCCACUAUUCAAAUCUAUUUGUUCAAAACGAAGUCGACCUGGCAAUGUUUUCCACGUUAAAGGACGAGGACUUGAUCAGCAUCGGGAUAUCAUCGUUUGGUGCCAGAAAAAUCAUGUUGAAUGCCAUCAGAGAAUUACGCAAAUAAAUUUACCUCGUCGUCGACUUGAUGUUGCGUAACUAACGACGUGUUCCUGUCUAAAAAGUCGUUAUGUUUGCUUCACGUGUUUCCCACUUUUUACUUGUGACACAGAAUUCUUUUUUGACUGUUUUGCACGCAGCUAUUUUAUUUUUUGCUCUCAUUUUGGAAAGCCCCAACGUUUUAUAAACCUGUGACUAUUUUGUUGCCUUCAUUACAAAUUUGACUUGCGUAUAAACACG